GCUGGGGCUCCGCCGCGGGGAGGAGGACGCUGAGGAGGCGCCGAGCAGCGCAGCGCUGCGGGGGAGGCGCCCGCGCGAAAGCGAGGCCCAUGGCCAGGACCACCAGCCAGCUGUGGGUUGCUGAGCCAUGAAAGAAACAGGGUGUUCUUCAUAGCAACAGACUUGGGCCUUAGUAUGAUGCUGUUCCCAUUCAGUCCAGUGUGGUGUUAUGUACCUGUCCGUCUCCAUCAAUGGUGAGGACCCAGACUGAGUCUGGCACAGCCUCUGGCAUUUCCAGCAGUGUCAGUAGGCAGGGAUCUACCAUGGAUGGUACCACAGCUGAGUCCCGGCCAAACACCAACCCCCUGCAGCAUGCUGCCCAGCCGCCUCCACAGCCUCGUAAGAAACGGCCUGAAGACUUCAAGUUUGGGAAAAUCCUUGGCGAGGGCUCUUUUUCAACAGUUGUCCUGGCCCGAGAACUGGCUACCUCCAGGGAAUAUGCUAUUAAAAUUCUGGAGAAACGUCAUAUUAUAAAAGAGAACAAGGUCCCGUAUGUAACCAGAGAGCGAGAUGUGAUGUCACGCCUGGAUCACCCCUUCUUUGUUAAGCUUUACUUCACAUUUCAGGACGAUGAAAAGUUGUAUUUUGGCCUUAGUUAUGCCAAAAAUGGAGAACUGCUUAAAUAUAUCCGCAAAAUUGGUUCUUUUGAUGAGACCUGUACCCGAUUUUACACAGCUGAGAUUGUGUCUGCUCUAGAGUACUUGCACGGCAAGGGCAUCAUUCACAGGGACCUUAAACCUGAAAACAUUUUGUUAAAUGAAGAUAUGCACAUCCAGAUCACAGAUUUUGGAACAGCAAAAGUAUUAUCUCCAGAGAGCAAACAAGCUAGGGCCAAUUCAUUCGUAGGAACAGCUCAGUAUGUUUCUCCAGAGCUGCUCACGGAGAAGUCGGCCUGUAAGAGUUCAGACCUUUGGGCUCUUGGAUGCAUAAUAUACCAACUUGUGGCAGGACUCCCACCUUUCCGAGCCGGAAAUGAAUAUCUUAUAUUUCAGAAGAUCAUUAAAUUGGAAUAUGACUUCCCAGAAAAAUUCUUUCCUAAGGCAAGAGACCUUGUGGAAAAACUCUUGGUUUUAGAUGCCACAAAGCGGUUAGGCUGUGAAGAGAUGGAAGGGUACGGACCUCUCAAAGCGCAUCCAUUCUUUGAGUCCAUCCUGUGGGCGAAUCUGCAUCAGCAGACACCUCCGAAGCUCACGGCUUACUUGCCAGCCAUGUCAGAGGACGACGAGGACUGCUAUGGCAAUUAUGACAAUCUUCUGAGCCAGUUUGGCUGCAUGCAAGUAUCCUCUUCCUCCUCCUCCCACUCGCUGUCUGCAGUGGAUUCCAGCCUGCCCCACAGGUCGGGCAGCAACAUAGAGCAGUACAUCCACGAUUUGGACUCUAACUCUUUUGAACUGGACUUACAGUUUUCUGACGACGAGAAGAAGUUACUGUUAGAGAAGCAGGCCGGUGGAAAUCCUUGGCACCAGUUUGUAGAAAAUAAUCUCAUACUAAAAAUGGGUCCGGUAGAUAAGCGAAAGGGUUUAUUUGCACGGCGAAGGCAGUUAUUGCUCACAGAAGGGCCGCAUUUAUAUUAUGUUGAUCCUGUCAACAAAGUCCUGAAAGGUGAAAUUCCAUGGUCACAAGAACUCCGACCAGAGGCCAAGAAUUUUAAAACUUUCUUUGUCCACACGCCUAACCGGACAUACUACUUGAUGGAUCCAAGUGGGAAUGCUCACAAGUGGUGCAGAAAGAUCCAGGAGGUUUGGAGGCAGCAAUACCAGAGCCACCCAGAUGCCGCUGUGCAGUGACAUGUCCUGCGGCCGGGCUGCCCUUCGCUGCCAGGACACCUGCCCCAGCGCGGCUCGGCCGCCACCAGGACGCUUCCAGACCACCUGCCGGCCAUCUCAAGGAAAGCGCAGACGGCGGAAACCUUGCAGCUUUUUUAUUUAAACGAAAAGAAGAAAAAAAAAAAACCCCAACUACACAAGGAACAAAACCAAUAGCAACCAGGAAUUCAGGGUCGCUUUGCUUGCUCUCUGUGCUCUGUGGAGGCUUCCACAUGCUGUUGUGCCCGUGGAGACCCAGCUCCUGCCCAGACCAGUGGCCAUGUUUGGCAUCACCAGCCCCUGCUAGCAUCCAUGGGAACUAUGUGCCCGCCACCACCCCUUCCCACCUGCCCCAGCUUCUGCUGUGGCUGGGGGACUGGGUGUGUUUUGGCUUUUUGUGCCCACCCUCAGAACACUUCACCGGGGAGCCUCUACACACCUCUGCUGGGCAGAGCUACCACCAGCUUGCUGUGGGCACAAGGGUCUUAGCUAGUUCUGUGUGUACACUCCCUUCCUUGAGUAUCAUGCACGACCCUGGAGAUGUGGCUGGCCCCCUCAGGUGCCCCCUAGCAGGGCUUGGUUGCCUGAUUUUUGUGCUCCCUGUUUUGGAGGUGACAGGCAGAGCAGGCUGCUACAGGUUCUACUUCUGCAGCCCACCUCCUAGCAGUGUCCAUCAAUGGAGCUGGACACCAUGUCAAGAGGAGUGCCAUCAGAUGAGAAAUGGUCAGCACCCAGCUGGAUCAUUGUACCUGGGCAAGGCCGAGAGUUGCCCCAGAGGCUCCAGAACAGCUUAGGCUGUUGACCUCUACAUGGGAAAGCAGGGCCUCAGACCCUCCUGAGAGUCUUGAAAAGGUUUAUGUGUGCAGGCUGCUGGCUGCUUAGGCAGAAUCUGAGAGAGCCCUGGUGCCAGCGGUUUCAGGGUGUGUCGGUUUCUUGCCCAUUCUCACAUGCCCAUUUGUAUCAUGGGUAAACACUUCUCAGCUAGCUCAGUGUCUCUACGUUGAAAAUCUAAAAGCCUUCUUGCAUUGCCUGGUUACUUGGUCCAUAAAGAGUGGACUUUGCCUAAAAAUGUUAUUCACUGAUGCCCGGGACAUGAGAACAGCCCACUUAAGCCCAAACCUGGGCCUACCUGUUCGUGUCCCCUGCCAGUCUUAGGGCCACUUCUUCAAGACACUCUGUGGUGGUGCUCUGCUCUAUAACACGGGUGGCCAGGGAACACACCAGCCUGGCUCUCUUUGCUGCUCUGGCAGAGCACUCUUGAGAGGCUCAUCUGUGCCUCUCUGCCUAAGCUGUCCCUGGAGGAGACCCUGGGUUCUGGGAGGGAGAGGAACAGAGUCUGCUCAUGGAUACACCUGUGACUCCCUGUCCCCAGGGCAAAAACCUUUCCAUUCCUGUAGACUCACAAAGGCACCAACAAAAGGCACAGAAAAGCUUCCUUUCUCUCUUGUCCCCACUACCUGCCUGCCUGCCGAGUGGCUCUUUUUAAGCUGGGGUAAGGUACAGAUGUAGGUCCUGCUUGUAGUGCUAGUGUGGAAUGCUGGAUUAGAG